AUGCAGACCAGUUCCCCCGCCACCCACGUCUCCUGGUCGCAGACCGUAGGUGCCUCGGGCGGCAACUCGUCGUGCAAGGAGAACUCUGAGUUCCCCCACUUCUUGUAUGCCGUGACCUACACAGUGAUCCUGCUGCCCGGCCUCAUUGGCAACGUCCUGGCGCUCUGGGUCUUCUACGGCUACAUCCGCGAGACCAAGCGGGCCGUCAUCUUCAUGAUCAACCUGGCCGUGGCCGACCUGAUGCAGGUGCUGUCGCUGCCCCUGCGCAUCUUCUACUACCUGCACCGCUCUUGGCCCUUCGGGCCAGGCCUCUGCCUCUUCUGCUUCUAUCUCAAGUACGUCAACAUGUAUGCCAGCGUCUACUUCCUCGUGUGCAUCAGCGUACGCCGCUUCGGCUUUCUCAUGUUCCCCUUCCGCUUCACCGACGCCAAGCGCCAGGGCGACGUGCUGAUCAGCCUGGCUGGCUGGGUGGCCGUGGGCCUGGCCUGCCUGCCCUUUCCGCUGCUGCGCCUCGGCGGGGUCGACCCUUCUGUCGCCGGCAACAUCACCGGCACCGCCGGCUCCGGCCGGUCCCCCGGCCCCCCCAACGCCACCUGCUUCGUCGACCUGCCCACCCUCCAACACCUCAGCCUGGGCCAGGCCCUGGCCCUGCUGGGAGUGGCUGAGCUCCUGGGCUUCUGUGCCCCGCUGCUGGUUAUCCUCUACUGCUCCUGGAAGGCCGCCCUGUCCCUGCGCCAGAAAGGUCCCGUCCCGCAAGACCUGGGCGAGAAGAAGAAGGCACUCAAGAUGAUCCUCACCUGUGCCGCCGUCUUCCUCAUCUGCUUCGCCCCAUACCACAUCAGUUUCCCCCUGGACUUCCUAGUCAAGGCCAACAAGAUCGAUGGCUGCCUGGCCCGGAGGCUGAUCCAGACCUUCCACCCCGUGGCCCUGUGUCUGGCCAGCCUCAACUCCUGCCUGGACCCAGCCCUCUACUACUUCACCACGGAUGAGUUCCGGAGGCGCCUGUCACGCCAGGACCUGCAGGAGAGCCUGCCCCUGCCCACCCGUCCCUUCUCCAGCCCCCGCGGCCCCUCUCAGAAUGGGCACGUUCAGCCUGGCGCCGGGUGA